UCUUUUUACUUGGUGCCUGUCCACACGUAAUUUUAAUCGAAAAAAAAUCUGCCAAUUGCACAGAUAAAAUUGACAAAUUCGGCUAGUGGAAAUUAUUCCGCCGCAUGAAGAUGGACGAAGGAAUGGUAUUGAAGCAACCUACAGACAGGCGGUUGGGCAAUUCGGGCGAUUUGCCCCCAGGUCCACCCGGCGUCGACGAAAAAAGUGGAAAUGGAAAAGGCGAGGAGACAAAUGCCGCGUCAGGGAAAAACAGCAAAUCAAGCUCACGUCGUCGUUCAAAUUCGCGACGCCGCUCGACAUCUCGCCGCCGCUCAGAUUCCAGAAAUGCAGCAUCGCCAGGUGCCACGCGCCGUAGACGUUCAAUAUCGCGCUCGCCAAGCCCUCGUCGGGGACGGUACGACUCUCCGGACUAUGGCAGAUAUCCUGCACGGCGACGUUUCGAUCGCGACCGUCGACGCUCGCCUGACCGUCGGCGCUCACCUCCUCGGCGUGGCAGACGCGACCGCUAUGGCCGGUCACGUUCCCGCAGCAAUACUCCUCCCCGCCGCGGAGGUCGCGGAAUAAGUCCAUCAAGCCGCUGGUCACCCAAGAAAAAACCAGCCUCUCCCCCACUACCUCCACCGCAGAGUCAGGGUGGACCACCGUCUCAAAUGGCUCCUGCCUAUGGCGUUAUGGCCCCGCAAAUGUAUGCUCCCGGCCCGUAUGGGGCACCACCCGAUGUAUAUGGUCAUCAGUACGGUAUGGCGCCGCCAAAUGUGUUUCCGCCUCAAGGACCGCCACCCGGAUAUGGCAUGCCAGUGCCGCCAACAGCACAGACCAACUUCAAUGCUGGUUAUGGACCAAUGACCACAGGCGCCUGGGUCGUAAAUGAGUACGGCCAACAGGUGUGGAUGCCACAGACCCUGGCUGGGGUUCCGCCUUCUGCGCCAGAGGCACUUGUCCCACAACAGCAGCCAGUGCAGGAAGUACCGCCGCAGAAACAACUGGAGGACGAGGAUAAGAAAGCGCCCGCGCUCGAAGGCGCAGGUUUGCCGCCACAGGAUGCUGUGGCCCAGGAAGCAGAAAAUCAAAAGGAUGAACUCAAGAAGCAACGCACCAACUACGUGAAGAAGGUGACCCUGCUCAAAAAGGAAAUGCAGGUGCUGAUGGAUCAGCGUGAAGACUUGGUGGACGGCGACGGCGCACCGCCCUCGCCAACCACAAAGGCCUUCAUUGAGGAAAAUGAUCGCCUGCAGGUGCAGAUAAAGAAGAAAGUGGACACCAUUGAAAAUGUAAUCGACAUGCUGAAUGGCAUCAUUGGUGACGAGGAACACGAUGACGAGCAGCCCUCGAGCAUUCGCGCCAAACCGAAUGUGAAGGCACCGCCAGAACAGGUGGCUAGUAGAUCUCACACCUCUAGCGAAAGCACCGCUGAUAGCUCCGACUCGAGCUCAUCGGCUAGCAGCUCAUCCGACUCGUCGUCCGAGGGUGAGGACGAGGAAGACGGCGACGGGGCCGGCGAAGGUACUCCCACAACUCUUCUGAAGCACCGAGCCAUAAAAUCAAUGAAGUCGAAGCAGCGACAUGGUGAAGCUACAACGAAACCAGCCCCAGCUCCAGCACAAAACUACAAUUUUGUGUUUUUCGAUCCCGAACAGCAUUGGUGCGACAGCUGUGGAGUGUUCCCGAAAACGGCGCGCGACUAUCUGAAGCAUCUGCAUGCCGAGGAGCACAUGAAUCGCGAGACAAUAGAGACGCCCUGGCAUGUGGGCAUUGACCACGACCCCUAUCCCACGUUUGAAAAUGCGCCCAUCAAGCGUGUGCCCGUACGAGGCAUGCAAUUCCUCGUCCCGGCCAACGCCUGGUUCUGCAAGCUGUGCAGCGUUUGGAUUGGCGACCUGCACUGUGCCUCGGCGCAUCUCAAGUCCAGGCUCCAUUCCAACAAAUACGAGCUCUUCAUUAAUCAAACGCCCAACUAUGAAUCUGAAUGGAUCGCCAAUCGCGAGCGGGCUGUUCAACAACAGAAGGAGGACGAUGCCGCGAAGAGCAAGAAGGUGAAGAAGGACGACGACAAGGUCUCCAAGAAGCGCAAGAAGAAGAGCGGCGAAAAGAAGAAGAAAAAGCGAAAGCAUGGGAAAAAGAGCAAGCGAAAUGCGAACAGUACCUCGUCAUCCUCGGAAAGCUCUUCGUCGGAGGAAGAGAAGACGCAGCCACCCAAGAAGGUGCAUGCCGAGGAUACAGUGACUGUUCCAGCCGAUAAACCAAUCAACGCCUCCUCUAUACGGGUGACCAUGCGCAAGCAGGAGACUCCCUUGGCCACUAGGCCAGAUGGUCCUUUCCAAGCCGUAGUGCCGCCCCCUCCCCCCAUCAUCAAGGAUUCCAUGAAUGCGCCUGUUCGUGGCAAGUGGACACCUGCCGCCGGCGAAGAACAUGCUGACGAGCAGAAGAAACGGGACGACGCCAUGCUGCAGCAGUGGAACACUGUCCAGCCAGUAAUCAGCGAGAGCGAGAAGAAGUUGCUGGAGCAGCUCAAGGGCAAGUUGAAGAGCAAAGGCCCGCGCGAGCAAGAGGAAAAUAAAAGUGCUGCUCUGCCCGCAGUGCCCGCAGCUGAGAAUAAGUCAAUGCGCGGAGGCAGCCGUCGUUCCCGCAGCCCAAGGAGGCGCAGCCGUUCCCGUAGCACAAGUCGUGGCCGCAUCGAUCGGGAUCGGCGAGAUCGCGACCGCGAUAGGGAUCGUGGGCGGGACCGCGAUCGUGAGCGCGACCGUGAGCGAGAUCGCGAUAGGCGUCGGUCCCGCAGUCGCUCACGCAGCCGCGGUCGCAGGCGCUUUUCGCGUUCCCCCUUGAGGACAAGCCGAAGAAGUCGUUCGCGCGACGUACGACGUCGUCGCAGCCGCAGCCGCUCCGAGGAACGAGUGGAGCGACCAGUGAUCAAGCAUUCCGAGUUCCGGCCCCGAGCGCAGCCUGAGCGUAAACAGAGUGAGAACAAGCGCGAGAAGAAAGAUCCAGAAGCAAAGCCAAAGCCGCCGAAGAGCAGCAGCACUGCCACAAUUGGAGGCAAGAAGCUGCCCUUUAUCGGCAAGAUGCCAGUAUUCAAAAAGCAGCCAGCAGCAGCUUCAAGCUAUGAAGCUCUUGCCUACACCAACGGCUCCUUCGAGGCACCUCCACCUCCGCCGCCCAUGGGUGGACCAACAGCGCCGGUGGCUGUCCGGCACCCUGCGCCGACAGCCGCUCAAAUACAAAUGGCCAUGAUGGAGGACGCCUUUGGCAAUGCCCCACCCUUUCAUCCGGAUGCCGGCAUUAUGGUUGACUACGACGAACUGAUGCCGGAUCCUGUUCAGUUUGCCAGUCUGAUGACCAACUGCCCCCCUCCACCGCCCCCGGGAGGGGGAUCUGAUGGGGAAAUGCACGAGCUGCAAGACGCCGAACAAGAAGCGAACGGCAAUGAUGAGGAGGAUGUUUUGCCUCCCGGCAUUGAUGAGGUCGAAACCGAUUUGGUGCCGCAGCCAUUGGAUGCAGCGGAACAGCCUCAGGACGGGGAACUGCCCAAGGAUCUCGCCGAGGCGCUCGACAUUAUUUUCCCCACCGAGGGAUUGGCGGGCGAUGCUUCGGACGAGAACAGCCAGACACAAAGCGGCCCACAAACCAUCACCACCAUUGUCGAGGAUGAGCCAGCACUAAACGAGGACAAUCUUCAGGAUUUAGCCAAGCAGGGCAUUCACCUGGUGACCAUUGGCGAGGCGGAUGUGGAGGCAUGUGCAGUCAGCUCACCCAUGGAAAUGUCCACUGAGGAUGAGGAGUCUCAGCUGCUCAAUGGGAAAUCCGAGGCCGAUAGUCUAAAACUAUUCGAUGCGGAGAACAUACCCAUGCCAAGCUCACCCCAUGCCCCUGUGCCCGUUGUCGCCGCUGAGACAAAAAGCAAGGUGAUCAGUGACCCCGUGGAUCUUUCGGACAUACCACAGCCGCCGGCAUCCCCGACAGAGAGUGAGAAGAUGAGACGCCAGGCGGAGCUGGACGAGCUGGCCAUGUUGGGCAUCGACAGCAGCGACAUGGCGGCACAAUAUGCGUUGUAAGGUGUUUGACAUUUCCGCUAAACGGUAGCAGGCAGUCGUUUCACAUGCACACGCCAGCGGAUUCAGAUCCACAUCCAGAUGCAGAUGCAGAUGGUUUGCAGCGAUGGACGCCCCGGGAUGGCCAAAAAGUAAUCAGUUUGAUCAGAUUUUAUUCUUAAGUUUGAACCGAACCUAUGUAUGAGUAUUUAUGUGACGAAAGGUUUUAAAUAAAUGCGCAUAUAUGUAUGUAAUAUAUGUAUGAUGGAAACUAGA